CCCACAGGAGUGGGUUCGGCCAGCGCGGGGCUGUGGGAGCUGCAGGGCAACGCCAUGGUGAUGGCGCAGUACAUCCGCCUCACGCCCGACGUGCAGAGCAAGUGGGGAGCCGUGUGGAACCGUGUGCCGUGUUACCUCCGUGACUGGGAGAUGCAGGUGCACUUCAAAAUCCAUGGGCAAGGCAAGAAGAACCUGAACGGUGAUGGCUUUGCUAUAUGGUACACCAAAGACCGCAUGCAGCAAGGGCCUGUCUUUGGAAGCAAGGAUAACUUCCUGGGCCUGGGGGUGUUUGUGGACACCUACCCCAACGAGGAGAAGCAGCAGGAGGCUCAGAAGAGGAGGUACAGCCCAGGAAAUCAGCGUGUUUUCCCCUACAUCUCUGCCAUGGUGAACAACGGCUCUCUCACCUACGACCACGACAGGGAUGGCAGACCCACGGAGCUGGGGGGCUGCACAGCCAUGGUGCGCAACCUCAACCACGACACCUUCCUGGUCAUCCGCUACGUCAAGAGGAGGCUGACAGUGCUGAUAGAUAUUGAUGGUAAGCAGGAGUGGAGGGACUGCAUCGACGUGCCUGGCGUGCGCCUGCCCCGUGGGUACUACUUUGGGACCUCCUCUGUCACUGGAGACCUCUCAGACAACCACGACAUCAUCUCUCUGAAGCUGUACCAACUGACGGUGGAGCGGACACCGGAGGAGGAGCGGCGGGACAAGGAGGUGUACCUGCCUGUGGUGGACAACCUCAAGCUGCCAGGAAUGGAGGCACCACUGGAGCCCAUGAGCGGCCUGGCUCUCUUCUUAAUUGUCUUCUUCUCCCUCGUGGCCAUCGUCUUCGCCAUCGUUAUCGGAGUCAUUGUGUACAACAAGUGGCAGGAGCAGAGCCGGAAGCAUUUCUAUUGACGGCUGCAGUGUGACAGACUGCCUCGUGGCAGCACCCCCGGUGUCCCCAAGAACCACGGUGGGGUCGGCUGCUGUUUGUCACUGGGCUCCAGGACUCCCCCAGUGCCAGAGGGGACCCGCGUUGUGCUGGGGAUGAAGCUCUGUCCUCUGAAGGCCCGCUGGGAGCUGGAGCUGGGCUCUGGGGGCUGCUGGAGGUGGCUCACAGGGCAGGGGCAGCGCUGGGCUGGCUCUGCCAUCACACAUCGGUGGAGGUCACCGCUUUGCCUGUGAAGUCCCAGCCCUGCUUUCCUUGCCAGGUUCCUGCAACAUCCCCCUUGCAGCGGUUUCGUUUCCAGGAGGGCUUUGCCAAGCUGUUCUCCUGCUCAGGCUGCUCCCAUCACCCACCUCAGACCCUCUUUAGAGCCCCUCCUGCUUUUUCUUCGCACCUCAAACCUGUGUGCAGCCCCUCCAUCCGUUAACCCUCAGUGCUGGGUGUUUUGAGGACACGCUGACUGCUUCCCCACCCAGCCAGGGUUUAAUACCACACUCUCCCUUCUCAAUCCCUGUUUGCUGCUGCCCUGGGGCUCAGCUCUGUCCCUCUCUGGCAUGCUGUGCCUCCACACCCCUCCCACACUGCCUGCAUGUCGUUGCUUUGCUCCCACCAGGAGCAGCUGAACCACGGGGGCCUCUCAGAGCCGCAGCCCUCGCUGCCUUCCAGGGAGUCCUGGUUUAUUCCUACCUCAGUGACUGCUUCUGUCAGUGACUCCUCGCUGUUUUUCUCUCGUGGGAAGAAGCAGCGCGACCACCUUCGCCCCGGGGACUGCAUUGGGCUCCUGCAGCUGCUCUCGUGGAUUUGGGGGGUGCCCACAGGGACGGGAGGUCAGUGCGUCCCUUAGAGCUCUGAGCACAUCCAGCUGGCAGCUCUCUGCUUAUGGGUGCUGCGGGGCAGGGCUGGGAGCUGUGUUUUUGACCCAGGGUGGGUCCCAGUGUGCGGGGAACGGUGCCUUGUGGGCAGGAUGCUUAUACUGGGGUGGAUGGAAGCUUGUUAAAGUGCCCGAAGAGCCUUCGUGGAGCGUGGAAGGGGCUGCUCUGUGAUGUUUUGCCUCUGUUUUGCCUGAGAGCCAGGAGUGAAACGUGUGCACCUCUUCCCAGCUGUAACGUGUCUUGGAAUAAAUGUUGGUGUGUGUGUGGCA